AUGAAAGAAGAAAACGAGCUGUCAACCGGGGUUAUCGUCUUUCUAGCCAUCUUGAUAGCUUUCCACGUUGUGUGUUGGGUAGCAUCUGUUGUUAAGGCUGUAAUAGACAGGAAAGCAUCGAAAAAAACUGCAAGGGCUGUCAAAUCUGAGCCUCUCCUCGAAGAAACUCGGAAAAAGGAGAAAGAAGAGGCCAGCCAGCAAGCUUUAUUAUCAAUCAAUGCAGAUGACAACGGAGAAAAGUUUGCAAUACGCAAAGCUAAAACUCAACCGAAUUCUCCAACAACGCCAACUCCUCCCAACGAACAUUACUUCCCUAAAUGUCCUAAACGACAUCUCUCUACUGACGGCGCGAAACGAAUAAGUCCUGAACAGCUGGCCAUUAUGCUAGACAAUUAUGGCACCAAGCGCGCGCCAAACCUUAUCGAUCCAUCUGUCAUUCCUUCACCCACACGUCUACCAGCAAAGGGAAUCACCACAGUGAAUAUGUAA